CGUUGACACUUUCUUCUUCUCCCUUCCAUUCCUCUCUCUUCUUCUCUUCUCAUCAAAAUUUCUCUCUCUUACUAUUUCUCUCUCUUUAUUCGUUCACGGGUUUUGCAACAAAUCACUCCCUUAAUUCUCUACUUUUUUGAAUCACAGAUAUAGAAUUUUUGUUUCUCUGAAAUUUUGUUGACUCACUUCUGAGUUUGGUGCGGACAAGUUGCCUGAGGAUUAGACCGACAAAUGUUGUAGAUGUGUCAAUUUUGUCCCAAGUCUAAUGAGAAAAUGGAACCAAACGAUGCUAAGCUUUUAGGGCUCAGUGCGGAAGAGCGUGUAGGUUCAACAUUACAUUCAGUGAAUCCUGAUCGAGGAAAUGGUUCUUCUAGUGUUCUUGAAGUGAGUGUGCAUAAUCCACCACUAACGAGUUGCGAAAGCUUUGCUUCAACUUUAAGUGAAGAUUCUGUGUAUGUACCAUUUGAUGAAGGGCAUAGUAAAGAAGAUGAUGGGUUUGACAGUGUUCAAGCUGAUGGAAACACAAAUGGUGAAUGUGGUGUGUGUUUGGAUGAAGUAGUAGAUGAAUCAGAUGAACCAGCUCCUACCUUUUAUGAACAAGAUGAAUUUUGGGAUCCACCAGAAGCUGAAAAUAUAAAAGACGAUCAGGAAAAUAGCAUGACCAUAUUAGAUGAUGAGGAUGAUGAUGAGUAUGCUGAUGCUGAUGAUUCAGAGUGGGCCAUGCCAAGAUCUAAAGAGAAACAAAUUGCAAGAGAAGAGGUAAAGAAUGGCAAGUUCAAAGACUUGGUGAGUCAACUACUAAAAAAAGCUAAUAUAGAUAUAUGUGACGCUAAGGAAGAAAACUGGGUCAAUAUAGUUACACAUUUGGCAUGGCAAGCUGCUAAAUUUGUGAAGCCUGGCGCCACUGAGGGUAAAUCAAUGAAUCCAUCUGGUUAUGUGAAGAUCAAAUGUGUUGCUGCUGGAUCUCCCGGAGAAAGUCGAUUAGUUAAAGGUUUGGUCUUCAAGAAGCAUGCUGCCCACAAACAUAUGACAACCAAUUACAAGAAUCCUAAAUUGUUACUGAUUCAAGGAAUGCUGGGUCCAUCAGGAUCUUCCGGGCUAUCAUCAUUUAGUUCAAUGAUUUCAGAGGAUAAAGACAAUUGGGAUGAUCUAAUUCAGAAUUUGCAAGCAUGUCAACCAAAUGUUAUUUUGGUGGAGAAAUCUGCUUCUCGUGCUGUCAUGGAAAAGAUCCUCCAAAUGGGAAUCACCCUUGUCCUUGAUAUGAAACUUAACCGAUUGGAAAGGGUUGCUCGUUGCACUGGCUCACCUAUAUUGUCAUGUGACAAUGCAUUAAAUCCGAAGCUGAGACAUUGUGAUUCCCUUUAUUUUGAGAAGUUUGUGGAGGAGCAUGCUAUUGUUGGUGAAGGUGGCAAAAAGCCAUCUAAAACUUUGAUGUUUCUGGAGGGAUGUCCGACACGUCUUGGUUGUACAAUUCUGCUGAAAGGUUCUCACGCUGAAGAAUUGAAGAAGAUUAAGUGUGUAGUGCAAUGUGCUGUUGUAAUGGCUUAUCAUUUCCUCCUAGAAACUUCCUUUCUUGUGGAUCAGAAAGCUAUGUUUUCCACUAUUACAUAUGGGAAAGCAGCUGAUAUCUCAUCUACUAAAUUACCGUCAAAAUCUGUUGCCUGUGGAAUUUCUGGUAUUGUUCAUAGUGAAGAGCCUGAUAUAGUUAAUUCUCUGGCAGACGAGAUCCCCAUCUCUGAUGGUGGUAUUCAGGAGUCUUAUGUGCCAGAAUCCACUGCCCAAGUUACUCCCAUAUCCCAUGGGCUUCAACAGGAAGACUCCAAUCAUGUUGCAAGCUGCCCUGCCAAAGAUGCUGAGAUUACUUCUCUCACUGUUUUUCCUGACAAUGUGUCCGACAGUAUGCAGUUGGAGGCAGAUAAUUCAUCUAGAGUUUGUUGUGAUCCUUAUAUGACAACUCUUUCUGCUGCAUCAAGGUCAUUCUCUCGGGUCAUGGAAAAAGUAUCCAUUGUCUCCCCAGAUACUUAUGACAACAUGUCUACGUACAUUGACUUGAAAGGGAGGGAUCCUGAAAUUCAGUCUGAGGUCUCUGUUCUCGUUUCACCCUCUGAAGAGUCUGCUGAUAGCUGUGAGAUGGGGGCAGAGAACAAAGACAAAGAAGAAAAAUCAAGUUCUGAUGAUUCCCAGGCCAUGUCCACUUCUGCAGCUGAUGGGGAAGAAAAAGGACCUGCAGAUGAUGUUGAAGAGAGCAUCGGAACUAAGGAUGAAAUAUGUAGUGUUUUGGAUUCAGAGAGCAUCUUGAUUUUGAAAUCUAGCCGAAAUGCUUUGAAAGGGACAAUUUGCGAGCAAAGCCAUUUUUCACAAAUCAAAUUCUACAAAAAUUUUGAUGUUCCUCUUGGAAAGUUCUUAAGGGAUAAUCUUUUCAAUCAGGCUCUUAAAUGUGAAGCCUGUGGUCAACUUCCGGAAGCUCAUUAUUAUUACUAUGCUCAUCACAGUAAGCAACUCACUAUUAGAGUCAAACGACUUGAAAAGCGACUGCCUAGAGAACCUGAAGGGAAACUUUGGAUGUGGAGUCGUUGUAGUAAAUGUGAGCCUGAUAAGGAGAAGGCAACAAAAAGGGUGUUAAUAUCUACUGGUGCACGUGGUUUGUCAUUUGGAAAGUUUUUGGAGCUUAGCUUUUCAAGUCAUUCAUCAUUUAAUAGGCUUGCUAACUGUGGGCAUUGCUUUCAGAAAGACUUCCUCUACUUUUUUGGAUUUGGCUCCACGGUGGCUAUGUUUCAAUAUUCCCGUGUUGCAAUAUACAACGUUUCUGUGCCAGCCCAUAAAUUGGAAUUCAAUAGUUCAAUUGAGAAAGGCUGGCUCCAACCUGAAAUUAGGAAUGUGUACACUACAGGACUGGUGCUUUUUAAUGAGCUGGAGAAAUACCUGAAGAAAAUAGAAUCCAAGUUUUCUGACUGGAAAUUGGUUCUUAACUCUCAUACUAAAGGUUUUCCUGACAUUCUAGACAUGCUAAGACUGGAAAGAUUUGAAUUUGAAGAGAACUUCAAGAGCAAGAAUGAUUCGAAUGAUUCUGUCUAUAAGCUUCUGAGCUUGAAUCGCCUACGCUGGGAAAUUCUCCUCGAAGCUUGUGUAUGGGACCGACGUUUGCAGUCGCUACUUUCUUCUUACUCCACCGUUCUCCAGUCUACUGUGUCUUCCAUGGAUGAAAUUGCAGCGAGGGAAAUGGAUUUGAAGGAACAGGGAAGUUCAGGAGAAGAAGCUGAAGGGUUGAAAACAGCUGAAGAAACGUUGGAGAGAAUGCAUUCAGCGGUGCGAAGAUCAGGAAAAGAGGACGAGGUGACACAAAAAAUUGUUGAUAAGGAAAAGCAAGAACUUGUGGAUUCAGUAAAUGACCGUAGUAAUGAGGCAAAAGCAGCCACUACUAUGGUGAAGGAAAGACGAACUGGUUCAUACAAUGCGGGUGCUGAAGAAUUCGUUCAAAGUUCUGAAGAUGCUUGUCACAGUGUAAUGAUUGAGAGAAAAGAAGUUACUUUACAUAGUGGUGACCAAAGUUCUGAGAACGUUAAUGAUGGGGAGGUUAAAAUUGAGAUGGUUGCUGAAACAGAAAGUCUUUCAGCAAAGGAAUCUCUAAAUAAAGGAAUCAUUGUAGGACAUGGAGAGCAAGUCUUGAGAAAACUAACCACUGGCAAAGACACAACCCCGGGUUUACCUUCAUGUGAUUCAGUCCCAAGUGUUUCGUUGGCUCUAAAACCAAAUGGAAUAAUAAACCUUCCUUCCCACCUUCAUUCUGAGGAUGAGACUACUCAACAAGACAAUAUUUCGGAUUCUGAGCAUCUGUCGGAAGAUAGGAGCAUAUCGAUUCAGGUAGGAGAGGAAACAAGUAGUUGCUCCGCUGAUGGAGAAGUGCCUGAAAGACUCGGCACUCCUGUGGUGGAAGUAGACUCGCUAUGGUGGAAUCCAUUUGCACAAACUCGAGAGGAAUGCAUGGAGGAUCUUCUUGAAGGUCGCCCGUCUAGAUUUGGUCAUUUACCCAAAUUUGAGCUACUUCACUCUCCUGACUUCUUGCCUACAGUCUCUAAAGUGAUCAUUGAAGAGGGUUCGAGGCUUCACAUGCCUCUCAAAGAUGGUGACUUCAUUUUGUCUGAUUUCGAUGGUGAAAUUUCAACCUCAGUUGCUUGUGCAUUGGCCCUAAUGGAUGCUUCAACCCAUCCCGCAUUAGAUGACGAUGAAAACGUUACCCUGAAACGUGCUGCAUCAGAGCCUUGGCCAUUGAGCAAAUCUGUUGAUCCAGAUUUUAUUCAUUCUUCGUCAAGUAUGACUUUUACUGAAGCUCACCUUGCCAGCUUUGAUGGCUUGAAUCGAUUGGACUCUCAGGUUUCCUACGGGCGAGUCUACAAUGAGGUUACUUUGGGUGUUGAAAAAUAUCCAAAAGGAAAAUAUUCAGUAGUUGUCAUGUUUCCCAAUGAAUUCCGCAGUCUUCGUAGUAGAUGUUGCCCAUCAGAACUUGAUUAUAUAGCUUCCCUUAGUCGCUGUAAGAUUUGGGAUGCUAAAGGUGGGAAGAGCAAGUCUGUCUUUGCUAAAACACUUGAUGAUAGGCUUAUUGUUAAGGAAAUAAAGAAGACUGAAUUUGAUUCAUUCAUGAAGUUUGCCCCUGCAUAUUUUGAGCACAUGACAGGAUCUGUUGACUCUGGUAAUCAAACUUGCCUCGCAAAGAUUCUUGGAAUAUAUCAGGUUACUAUUAGAAAUCCCAAGAGUGGUAAAGAGACAAAACACGAUCUCAUGGUUCAGGAGAAUCUUUCAUUUGGCAGGAACAUUACGCGGCAGUAUGAUCUGAAGGGUGCAUUGCAUGCUCGUUUCACUGCAGCUGCUGAUGGUGCAGGGGAUGUUUUAUUGGAUCAGAACUUUGUCAAUGACAUGAAUUCAUCUCCUUUAUAUGUCGGCCAGAAAGCUAAGAGACUCCUACAACGAGCUGUUUGGAAUGACACAACAUUUCUCAAAGAUAUCGGAGUCAUGGAUUAUUCCUUACUAGUGGGGGUUGAUAGGGAACGCCGUGAACUGGUAUGUGGGAUUAUAGAUUAUCUGAGACAAUACACCUGGGACAAGCAAUUUGAGACAUGGGUGAAAUCAUCCCUUGUUGUUCCGAAGAAUGUCUCUCCAACCAUCAUUUCGCCACAGGAGUAUAAGAAGAGGUUCAGGAAGUUUAUGGACACUCAUUUCUUAACUGUCCCAGAUCAUUGGUGUUCCCAGAGAUCAUCCAACCCUUGCAGGCUUUGUGAAAACAAAGUUCCUGAUUCUUUGAUUAUUGUAAAGUCGGAGAAAAGCGAGGAUGUUCAAGCUCAAGAUUAGUUGAAUACAUUAUUCUUUUCAUAAUUAUUAUUCUCAACUGAAUCCUUUUUUUUUUGGGUUUCUUUUUGACAGUGGAAAACCUAUACUGUAAAUAGAUUGCUACUGUUACUGAACAUAACACCUGGUUAGACUGCGAUUAUUUAGCAGAAACUGGGCGAAUGUUAUGUUUGGAUUAGUCCAACUGUGUGCAAGUUGAGCUAUAUAUACAAAAUGAUAAUUUUUGUAUUAAGAAUGUAUUGAAUAUUGAUAAGACUAAAGCUGCUGUAAACACAUUGUACACUUUGUGGUUUUUGCCAUAAGCUAAUCACCAAACAAUGGAAAGAUAUGUAUGUUUUGAAAACCAAAACCCAGAAAGCAAAGGAUGCGCAUUAGAUGAUGAUUCUGUCGAUGCUAUUCUACUUCUUGAUCGUCUUGAUCAACAAAGGUCGGCAUUAAUGAGCCCCAUUUACAUUUACGCUAUGUUUGAAUAGAAAAUCAGGAGAGAAGGAAAGGAAAGGGAUAAAGAAAGAAAAUGAGUAUUAUUCUUUCAAAUUUUUGGCUUUUAGCUUCUGUAUGGUUGUUGGUUAUCUUGGUGGAAAUUCUUAUAAAGUUUUUUUAUAAAAGAAUGA